UGUAACCGUGUACUACUACUACAGUAGAUCGUCGCGCCAGCCCUACCGCUCCGCAUUGCGAUGAGAAGCUCCUCUCAAGGGGUUAUCUACAACCCUAUUGACGCCAUCUCACCAACGGAGAAGUGAUCUCUUACUAAGACUUGCUAAAAGUGAAAGGAAAAAAAUUCUCUCUAUACAUAAAGGGAGAAGAGGAGGAACUGAAUCACACUUAUAACUAGUAUAAACCAGAGAGGAGCAGAUCUGUGACUGGCUCAGGUCAGGAGUGGUGGAUCACUUGCCGAUAGGCGAGGAGACCUUCAUGUAUUACGCCGGCUCUCCGGCAGACCAUUACGCAUCGGACAUGGUGACAGACAUGGGCGUCUACCAGGCGCUGUCCUCCCCGUUCUCAGAGGACGACCUGAGUGACUCGUCCAGCCCUUGCUCCUGCUCCAGCCCUGAGUCCCAGGUGCUGGGUUCCAGCUACGGCAGCAGCAGCAGCAGUGGAGAGAGCCAGGAUGGUCUCCUGGACUUCCUGCUCUCCCAGGCCACACUGAGAAGUGGAGUUUCUCCCUCUCUAUCCCCCUCAGUACCACCCAUCCUCCCCAUGGGUCUAGCAUGGGAGUCAAAGAGGGACCGCCUGUCUCCGCCAACCAAAGAGGAGUGCUUUGAGUUCCCUGAGUUCCCAGCGGACCUGGAUGAUCACAUAGGGCUGCUGUUUCAGCCCACCCUGGAGGAGAUAGAGGAGUUCCUGGAGGAGAAUAUGGAGGUGGUGGCGUUGAAGAAUGAGGCUUGUGAGGGAGGGAUGUUGGAUGUAAACAGUCAGGUGACAGGGUCAGAGCCUGGGCUAGCACACUCAGACCAAACAGUACCUGUUGCCAGUGCUACUCUCCUUACCACAGAGACCAAACACACACCAACAUCCCCAAUAAUAGACUCCAACUUUUGUAGUGGGAUUAAACAGGAGGACACUGCUGGUACACCAGCAUCAGUAGAGGGGUCCGGUGUGCCGCCUGUCAUCCUGCAAAUUCAACCAAUCCAAAUUAAGCAAGAGCCAAUCCCAAGUGCGAUACCAACACCAGUACCACAGCAGACCUCCCAGCCCUCCUCAGACAUCAAAAUCGCCCAGCUCCUGGUCAACAUCCAGGGCCAGACUUUUGCCCUGGUGCCCCAGCUGGUGUCUCCAGCUAAUCUCAAUGGCACAUCUUCUAAAUUUGUGCGUAUCGCGCCUGUACCCAUAGCCUCCAAACCCCUGGGUCCCGGGGAGGGUGGGCUUGCAGGUGGCCAGGCUGCAGGGAUCCUGGUGGGAGGACAGAAGUUCCAGAAGAGCUCGGUAGCGGACCUUAUAAAAAUGCAUAAGUGCACUUUCCCUGGAUGUGCCAAGAUGUACACCAAGAGCAGCCACCUGAAGGCCCACCUGAGGAGGCACACGGGGGAGAAGCCCUUUGCCUGCACCUGGCCUGGCUGUGGAUGGAGGUUCUCGAGGUCAGACGAACUCUCCAGACACCGGCGCUCCCAUUCUGGAGUGAAGCCUUACCAGUGUCCUGUCUGCGAGAAGAAGUUUGCCCGCAGUGAUCACCUGUCCAAACACAUCAAAGUCCACCGCUUUCCACGAAGCAGCAGGACAGUGCGCUCCGCAAACUGACCCUGCUGACAAC